AUGUAUAUCCUAACUCGGCCUAUAUCAAGCCACUUAUAUGAUAGUGUCAUCUUUUUCCUUGCACUGGUAUCUGGGAUGACCCAUAGUGAAGUAGAUACUAAACUAAAACCCCGUACAACCGCCUCACUCACUCCGUCCGUUCGCCAUGUCGUGCCGGGUCGUGUCGUGUCGCGCACCCCUCGACCCGGUGCGGUGCACGACUUAUGGCUGCGAUUUUGUAGUAGGUGGAAAACCGAGGAUGCAGGAUUGGCGGAUGUGGAUAUAUCAUAUGGAGGUGUCCUCGUGGAAAACGCAAUAGAUAGAUAUAUCAGCAAAACAGGUAGGUAUGUAGGUAUGAACCUGCAAAGCACGUAUGGCACGAGAAUCCAUAAAGCGGACGGAACUGCACGAGCGGAAUUUGACAGACAGGUUGCACGGCAGAGGGCAGCGUCUGCAGGGGAGGAAGUCUGUUUCUGUUGGGAUAGGUAUGAUGUGUGGUGGAGUGGAGUGGAUUGGGAACCUCGGGAGAGGAUUGAGACCAACACAAUAGCCUAG